AGCGAGUUUCAAUCAGUCGUCGCAAGCCAUCAAACCCAAGAGGGCCGUCGUCGUUUUUAUUUUCAUUUUCUGCGCUCCGUGAAAAAGUGCAAAAACACGGUUCCUUCCCGCCUGCUCGAGGACGAAGGACGACUCUCCCUGCGUAUCGAAGCGCUGGCCGAUUCGAGGGACUCGGAGGAAACGCGAGAGGAGGUUUAUUAAGUGGCCAGAUUUCCCGGAAGGAACCAGUUUCGCUCGAUUUCCAGCAGGUUCCCUCGUUUUGGUGCGUGGACAAACCUUUCCCCCCACUCCCGGAAGAAAGCAGCAGAAACAAAGAUGGAGCGAAGCAUUGGACGACAGGGACCGAUGAUGUCUCCGGGGAUGGGCCGACGGCCGGGUGGGAUGCCACCACGGGACAGCUACCAGCCACAUUCGUACCAUCAGCAGCAGCAGCAGCAGUCCAGUUCACAUCAGGUGAACAACAUUCAGCAACAGCAGCAGCAACAACAACAACAACAACAACCAAGUCAAUUCCAGCACUCCCAGCAUGACGAGCUGAUACGAUACAUUCACGAGGCUUGGAACUCCAUUACGCAAGACAAAAGUCAAGCUCCGCCAGUAUUCUACAAGAGCGUACCUGAGCCGAGGCUCGCCGGUUUUACCCCGUUCGAUCUGGAAGGCUGGUGGGGCCGGCGGCUUGUCCACAACAUCUCAACCCACGGCCACCAGUGAGCUGCUGCUGCGGCGUGCUCGGGACAAACACAAACACAAAUACACACACACAUACACUGACACAAAACCAGGAUGCAUAUUGAAGGAGAAUCGGGGUAAAAUGGGACAGGGGCAUGCAAAGUUAAAUUAUGGCGACACGAACAUUUUUACACUCUCACACAGACAAGAACAAACAAACACACACUGAGACAAACAGGACAGACAGCAGUAGAUUCAUUCUAUUUCAUUCGAUUACUGAUUUGGAGCAACAGCAGAAAAAAAAAGAAAUCUUUUCGUCUUACGUCGGGCAUUGGCUAGGCUAUAUAUUUUUUUAUUAGAGUUUCCACGUAAUGCAACAAAUUAUUUUAAAAAAACGUAGAAAAUCAGUAAUGGAGAGAAGUCUCCAACAAAACACAAACAAAAAAACACACACAAAAUUGUAACGAUUAUGUCAGCAAAAACAUACCAUGUCCUUUUACAACAAAUUGAUCAAAAAGUUUAAACGAGAAGUAAUUGUGAAUACUGCAAAAACAAAAACAAACAAAGUGAAAACAAUAAAAACAGAUGGUUUUUCGUUUUUUUA